AUGCCGCCGAAGGGUCCCAAAGUGGCAGCCCCGAAGGGGGCGCCAGCGCGCAAGGGGCCGCCCGCCGCAAUGCUGGCGAAGCUGAAGCAGCACAUGGAGAAGCAGAAGGAGGAGGAGGAGCGGCGGCGGAAGGAGGAGGAAGAGGAGGAGCAGCGCCUGCGUGAGGAGGAGCGCAUCGCCGAGGAGCAGCGUAAGUUUGAGGAGGAGGAGCGCGCACGCGAGCGCCAGCGCCGCAAGGAAGAGGAGCGGCAAACACGCAAGGACACCAAGAAGGGAGCACGCAACGGGGCGCUGGAGCGCAUGGCCGCGGCGGGAUUCAUCCUGCCAGACGUGGAAAAGAUACGUGAGGAGCAGCGGCAAGAGCNAAAGCCGAAACGGCAGCCGCAGCAGCACCAGCAGGCAGCUGCACCACGCCACGUGGACGCCGUGGCGCCGCCUCCCAAGGACGAGGAAGAGGAGGAGGAGGAAGAGGAGAGCGACCACGACGACGAGAAGACAGUGGCAACGGAAUCCGACGGGGAGGUCGACGAGGACGACUGGGAGGCGCUCAUGGAGCGUGACGACCGGCGUGAAGCACGCCAUGCGGAGAACGUGCGUAUCCGUGCCGAACGCGCGGAGCGGGCGCAGCGGCGGCAACAGGCGCGGGAGGAGCGCGCAAAGGCACGCGCCGAGGCGGCAGCAGCAGAGCGAGCGAAGCAGCACGUCCUCGAGAGCGUUGUGAACCUCCGUUCGCCCAUCUGCUGCGUGCUCGGCCACGUUGAUACGGGCAAGACGAGUCUUCUUGACCGCAUCCGUGCCACGAACGUUCAGGGCGGCGAGGCCGGCGGCAUCACGCAGCAGAUCGGCGCCACCUUCUUCCCCCGCGAUGCCCUCGUCGACGCGACGGCGGAGAUCAACAAGAAGUACAACUACAAUCUGAAUGUGCCGGGUCUCCUUGUUAUUGACACGCCCGGACACGAGUCCUUCACAAAUCUCCGCAGCCGCGGCAGCAGCCUCUGCGACAUCGCAAUCCUCGUUGUGGACAUCAUGCACGGGUUGGAGCCGCAGACACGCGAGUCUAUUCGUCUUCUGAGACAGAAGAAGUGCCCCUUCAUCAUCGCCCUCAACAAGGUGGACCGGCUCUAUGAGUGGGCCCCGUACAACAACAUGGAUUUUGAGCAGACUCUUUCUAAACAGAUGGAUAAUGUCCGCAGUGAGUUCGACACGCGCCUCUCACAGGUAAAACAGGAACUUCUCGCAGAAGGUCUUAAUUCCGAGCUGUACUACAAGAAUAAGGAUGUGCGUAAAGUCGUAUCCAUUGUGCCAACUUCCGCCAAGACAGGAGAGGGUAUUUCCGACCUUCUGCUGCUAGAGAUUCAGCUCGUGCAGCAAUUCAUGGAGGGAAAAGUCACCUACAAGGACGACCUGCAGUGUACUAUUCUCGAGGUCAAGCCUAUCACAGGGUACGGUGUUACAGUCGACGCCAUCCUUAUCAACGGUGAACUGCACGAAGGGGACAACAUCUGUCUCUGUGGCCAGAAUGGUCCUAUCUUCACGCAAAUUCGUGCGCUUCUCACGCCGCAACCGCUGAAGGAGCUUCGUGUGCGGGGCGAAUACGUCCAUCACAAACACAUGAAGGCAGCGAUGGGAAUCAAAAUUGCUGCCAAUGAUCUUGAGUUUGUCAUUCCCGGCACGCCGCUACUUGUUGUGCACAGUGGCGACAACAAGGAUGCGAUUGCGAAGGAGGUCAUGAAGGAGGCCAACAGCGUUGCCGACCAGCUCAGCCCCGACGGCAUUGGUGUGACGGUGCAGAGCUCAACACUCGGUUCGCUCGAGGCGCUUCUGGCUUUCCUGAAGGACAUGAAGAUUCCUGUUGCGAGCGCCUCCAUCGGCCCACUGCACAAGCGGCACAUGAUUCAGGUGCUCUCGAUGAAGCGCAAGGCGCCGCGCUACGCGGUGGUGUUGGUUUUUGACGUCAACGUCUCCGAAGACGCACGCGACAUCGCCAAGAAGAAUGAGAUCGAUGUCUUCGAGGCCAAAAUCAUAUACCACCUCUUCGACAUGUUCACGCGGUACAUCGAGGACUACGAGAACCGUGAGAAGGAGCGGGCGCGCGCCAUUGCGGUGUUCCCUGUGCAGCUGUCCAUCAUCGGCGAUGCGAUUCACAACUCGGACCCGAUCAUUCUCCCAGUGAAGGUGGAGCGCGGGCAGCUGCGCCCCGGCACACCGCUUGCGGUGAUGCGCGGUGACAUGCCGCUGCUGCUGGGUCGCGUCAUGUCGCUGGAGCGAGAGAACAAGAACGUCCCGGUCGCACGUAUCGGGAACGAGUGUGCAGUGAAGAUUAACUCGGGCGAGACCGGUGUUGUGUACGGCCGCCAGUUCGACAAGUCGGACUCGGCCUUCUCGCUUAUCAACCGGCCCUCCGUCGAUGCGAUUAAGAAAUUCAAGGAUGAGCUCUCGGAGGACGACAUCAACCUACUGGCAACGCUCAUUAAGGUCCUGAAGGUGCCGCCGCGGUAA